CUCUUUGUUUUCCUUUUAGAGCAGCGCAAUAAAGCCGGUUUUGUCACGUGCAAGAACAUUAAGAGUCACUUAAAAUAAAAGGCAACCCAAAGCCAAACAUUGCACUGUGUGUUCGAUUUUGUUAUUCGGGGACAAUUGGUGUGACCCAACUAACUGUUCUACGUGGAUAUUGAUUUCCGCGGCAACUCUCCCACAACGAAAAUACGACAUACCAACAGUGACGAAACGAGCUGACGUUGAAUAAAUAAAUAUAUAAAUAGGCAAUAGGAGCUCAACCUGCGUACGUACCAUAACCAAAGAGGCUCAAAGAGUUCCAAGGAUAAGCGGUUGCCUUGGUCCUAAACCCAUUAAGUCUCCAUAUCCAUAGCCAGCUAGAACGAAACACAACUUUAGCCAAAUGAUUACCAAUAGUCUGUUAGGACGAACAAUACUCAACGAAGGACGUUCCAAUAAACGUAGCCUCGUCUUUCUGCUCGUUGGACUUGUGGUUGGCUUCUAUCUGGGAGAGAUUUAUGCCUACUCUUCCAUGCGAGAAUGUGCAGAAUGUGCAGAAUUUAUGCCUUACAAUGGUCAUCGUUUUGGCGAUGUCAACGAUGCCUAUCACAGUCAGAACAUGAUUGAGCAAGCGGGUCCAGAGAAGGACUUUCACGGCAACAGCAGCGUUUCGGAUAAACUAUACAGUGAUGUUCGAGUUCUCUGCUGGAUCAUGACAAGUCCGAGUAACCAUCAGAAGAAGGCACGGCAUGUGAAACGCACCUGGGGCAAGCGUUGCAAUAAACUCCUCUUCAUGAGCUCAGCCAAGGAUGAGGAACUGGAUGCCAUAGCGUUACCCAUUGGGGAAGGACGCGACAACUUGUGGGGCAAGACAAAGGAGGCAUACAAAUACAUCUACGAACACCACAUCAAUGAUGCGGAUUGGUUUCUCAAGGCAGACGAUGACACAUACACGAUUGUUGAGAAUUUGCGCUAUAUGCUAUAUCCCUACAGUCCCGAGACGCCCGUCUACUUUGGUUGCAAAUUUAAGCCCGAAGUAAAGCAAGGUUACAUGUCUGGAGGAGCUGGUUAUGUGCUCAGUCGGGAGGCAGUGCGUCGCUUUGUGGUGGAGGCUCUGCCCGACCCAAAACUGUGCAAAAGUGACAACUCUGGGGCUGAGGAUGUGGAAAUUGGCAAGUGCUUAGCAAAUGUUAAAGUUCUGGCGGGCGAUUCAAGGGAUGCCAAAGGUCGCGGUCGAUUCUUCCCCUUUUUACCGGAGCAUCAUUUAAUACCAUCACGUCCUGACGAGAAGUUUUGGUACUGGCGAUACAUCUACUACAAGACGAACGAGGGUCUGGAUUGCUGCUCGGAUAAUGCCAUAUCAUUCCAUUAUGUCACCCCCAAUAAAAUGUAUGUGCUGGACUAUUUGAUAUAUCAUCUGAGGCCAUAUGGCAUCAUCAAUACGCCAGACAUCCUACCAAAUAAGUUGGCGGUGAGCGAAUUAAUGCCGGCGCCCAAGGAAACACAGGAAUCAAGCAUUGUCCAACAGAAGAAAAAUGAGUCACAGUGAUUAUAGGUACAUAAAUACUUGUAUAUCGAUAUAGACAUCAAUUAAAAUAGAUCAGACAUAUUUUUGCAUGCUUAGAAUUUACAUUUAUCGACGUCUCAUCUGUUAGUUCAAGUCACUCAGGAAUUUGUUUAAGGUGUUUUUACUGCCAACUUAAAUCAAUAAAAUAUUUGUGUUGUUUCUUUAGUUUGUAAUACUACAUCUUAAGUAUCAGCAGAUAAAUAUUAAAUACGUAUUCUAGCCUAUUUAGUAAGCAAUUAAAUGAAAAUUAAAUAUAAUGACAUAAUGAUUUCGAUAACCAUUAUUGGUAAUGAGUGUACAAAAAUUUAUUUGCUUUGUUUUCACUAAAUAAACAUUGUUAAAAUCUGGAACAACAAAAA